AUGGAUUGCUUGCGGGACAAGUUUAUCCAGGGGAAACUCCUCGACGGACGUUUCGAGACAGUUGCUCCGCUUAACCAUGGAUCCUUUGGCAUGGUCUUCCUUGCAAACGACACCCUCACCGGGGAGCAGGUAGCCAUCAAGUGCCUCACCAAGCCCUCGUCUGCGGACCCGUCCUCUCCCCUCUCCGUCGACGACCGCUCAGAGGAGAUGCAGUGCCACAUGAAACUCGGACAGCACCCAAACCUCGUCAACCUCGUCAGCAGCUUCGAGACUCAGUCCCACAUCUUCCUGGUCCUCGAGUACUGCUCCAUGGGUGACUUGUACGAGGCUAUCCGCAACAGCCGUGGGCCACUCGAGACUGAACACGUACGUGACUUUAUGCUCCAGCUCAUCGACGGCGUCGAGUUCAUGCACUCCAAGGGUCUCUACCACAGAGACAUCAAGCCAGAGAACAUCUUCCUCUGCCAGGAUGGCUCCAUGAAGCUUGGUGACUUUGGCCUGGCCACGAGCAGCCCCUGGUCCUUUGAGGCCUGUGUCGGUAGCGACCGCUACAUGGCUCCGGAGCAGUACGAGCCCACCGCGGCUGGCUACUCCCCUGCCAAAGCUGACAUCUGGUCCAUCGGUAUCUGUCUGCUCAACAUUCUCUUUGCAAAGAACCCCUUUGUCACCCCAACGGAGUCGGAUAUUCUCUUCGCAGACUACUCCCGUGACCGACAAUCGCUCUUUGACGUCUUCCCGAACAUGUCCCAGGAUACCUUUGAGGUGCUCAGACACUCCAUCGCCCUCAACCCAGAGAAGAGAUCGCUUGCCGGUAUGAGAGAGGCCAUCAUGCGUGCCGUCACUUUCACCACCGAUGAGGAGUCUCUCGAUGACUUCUGCACCGAGGAUCGUGACGUCGUUGCUGCUAGUGCUCACCGUGAGCCUCUCCGCACCCCGUCCAUCCAGACGCCGCAGGUCAACCAGGGAGAAUCCUUCCCAUGGGCAAAGGCUCUCCAGGUCUCCCCUCAGCAGCAAGGUGGUCGUCGCCUCUCCGUCAUCCCAGACACCGAGAGCUACAGCGAGGAUCUCUUUCCGGCAUCGGAGGUGGAUGGUACUUCAUGGUAUUCGACUCACGCCAUUUCUCCAUCCAUUGGUUCCACUCUGGAUUCAAGCUUGGGUGCCUCCUUCAAGUCGAUCAAGGCCCGCCAAUCCGCCUUACGCAACGCUCCUCGUCCAGCUCCCAUCAGCGAGUCUCUGCCUACCUCGGCAGCUCGCCCCAUUCCAUCCAUGUCCCUUGUCUUUGGCAAGCGCAGCUCUGACCAAGUGUCCAAGAGCUGGAGUGACCUUUGGGACGAGGAGGAGUCCGAGCUCGAGGAGGCUCGUCUGCGCAACCGCCAGGCCCAGAACUCCCGUACCUGGAGCAAGGAGAGCAACACCCCGGACGUUGCCGGUCUUGGACUGUCUGAAAUCGAGGAGCCGUCGUCCAUGCUCAAUGUUCAGCCAAUUCCCAUCGUCAAGGACGAGAAGAAGAAGAACAUUGCCGUUACCCCUGUCACACCAUCCAAGCCACGCAGUGUUCUUAGAGAUGGCAGCAACACCCCUGUCCCUCACGGUCGUCACUCGCCCUCCAAGAACACCAUCCUGGACAAAUGGGCUGCCCUUGGCAAGAAGCGCAUGAACCACACGCCUGAAAAGGAUUACCGUGCUGCUUCGACCCCCAAGUCCAAGGCUCCCAGCUGGCGCAAGGAACCACAGUACGACCACGGCACCUGGACCAAGAAGAAGUUCCAGUCAAAGGACAGCCGUGGCUACAACGGUCACCAGCAACAGCCCAUCGUCCAGCCAUACAUGCUCAGCAAGGAUUGGCGUCGCGACAAGGACCAGACGAUCAAACCAAAGAGAAGCCAGCAUUACCCCCACAUCCCCAUUUACUCCCCGGCGGCCAUUGAUGACGAAUUCGACUUUGUCGGCGGGUGGCAGGAUCUACACCCGUAG